AGUGGCGGUGUAUGCACCUCAAAAGUUAGAUACGAUCCGUCUACCCAAUCCCAAAGAAGAAGAAGAAGAAGACAUUUCUCAUCAUUAAAUUCCAAGAAAAGAUUAACCACAAGCAGGUAAAACGGUUAUACAUGUAAAUAGAUUGGUUUAUGUAUGUCACAUCUGACGUAUCGGUCCACAAAGUCAGUGAAGAAAAGUAAACAUAGAAUGCAUAUUUCUUGCAGGCGUUUUACACGUUUACGUGGCGUAUUUUGCGUGGACAGUGACGAAAGUGUUACAUUUCAUCUGCAACGAAGGAUGCUGGCAAAACAUUUCAAGCUAGCUAUAAAUAAUAGUAGCUAAGUGCAGGUAGCUAGUUUUGAUAACAUUGUUAUAACAAUAAUAGCUACGUUGGAGAGUACGAUGUGGGCAAUACGCUAUGAAUUACAACGUGCCUGCUGUAGGCAAUAAGACUUAGGCGAGAAGAUUGUCUGCCUGGCUAACUAACGUUAGCCGCUAGCCGAUGGUGUUUAGAUUUCAGCUAAAGUAAGGAUCAGACUAGUUAGUUAGCUAGAUUGACAUGUUUGCAUAACAAACCGUGUUCAAGAUCAAUAAGUUGCUGCCUAUCUACAUCUUUGAAAGACCAGAAAUGAUUUAGCUAACUGUUAUAGCGAACGGACAUGGCUGUUGGACCUGUGUGCAGCUAGCAUUGCGACGUCGAUGCGUUUGAUCAUUGUUUUGUUUACACUUGGCGUUUAUUUGUCUAGCUAGCUAACGUUAGAUCAUCAGCACGAACCACAACUCGUGUCUAGCAAGCAAGCUGAAGAGCAAAUCUAGCAAAUCAUCUGAACGCUUGUCAACCUAGCCAGUUAGUUUCUGGAUUCGUCUUGAGGUCAGCCAAGCAAAUUGUUGCUGUCAAGUUAGCAAAGCAAAGCUGCAACUAUGUCUAUGGACGACUUCACUUCGAUCAGCCUGCUUUCCCUGUCCAUGUUGGUGGGAUGUUAUGUGGCUGGAACCAUUCCUCUGGCUAUCAACUUCUCAGAGGAAAAGCUGAAACUGGUGACGGUCCUGGGAGCAGGGCUGCUGUGUGGUACUGCCCUGGCUGUCAUCAUCCCUGAGGGGGUCCAUGCCCUGUAUGAGGAGGUCCUGGAGGGUGUGCACCAUGCCCCUGUCCAGGCGGAGGGGGUGGUGGUGUCUGAGCCCAAGGAGGGUGUGGAUGCAGCUCUGGGAGUCAGUGGGGGCCACAGCCACAGCCACCAACACCUCCAUGCCUACAUCGGGGUUUCCCUGGUCCUGGGGUUCGUCUUCAUGCUGCUGGUCGACCAGAUAGGAAGCGCCCACGUACACAGCAGCGCUGACGAUCCAGAAUCUGCGAGGGUUGCCAGUUCAAAGAUCACCACAACUUUGGGACUGGUGGUCCAUGCAGCAGCGGACGGAGUGGCUCUCGGAGCAGCUGCCUCCACCUCUCAGACCAGUGUUCAGCUCAUUGUCUUUGUGGCCAUCAUGCUUCACAAGGCCCCAGCAGCCUUUGGCCUGGUCUCUUUCCUGAUGCAUGCUGGUCUGGAGAGGAACCGGAUCCGUAAACACCUGCUGGUCUUCGCCCUGGCAGCACCCGUCCUCGCCAUGGUUACCUUCGUAGGACUCAGCCAGUCCAGUAAAGAGGCGCUGUCAGAUGUGAAUGCCACGGGCGUGGCCAUGUUGUUCUCCGCCGGGACCUUCCUGUACGUCGCCACGGUACAUGUCCUUCCCGAGGUGGGCGGGACCGGACACAGCCACGCCCCCGCUCCGGGGAAGGAAGCAGCGAAGGGACUGAGCAAGGUGGAAGUUGGAACCUUGCUUUUGGGUUGUCUGAUACCACUGGUACUGUCUGUUGGACACCAGCACUAGAGAGGAGAGGAGAGGAGAGGAGAGGAGAGGAGAGGA